AAAAAAUAAAUAAAGCAUUGGAAAUAUGUCUCAGUGCUUUUACGCUGAGGAAUGUAAAAACCCGAGAUACAGAGGAAAUGUGCGAACCACCUUGGCCGAUGAAAUUCAAACAGUUUCUAGAAAAUUUUCCGCACGGUCAGUUUCGCGUAGAGUUUGUGGAAAAGUAACCAGAUUUUUGAGAACUCCGAAAAAUAACCAACGAUCUCUGUAAACGUAUAUUGAAACGAUAUGAACGAUUUUUUACGUAAUUCGGUGAAAAUUUACGUUUACCUAGGCAGCUGGCCGAUUUCUCAUACCUCCAGUUAUUUGGAAAAUGUUCGUUACGUUAUCGGGUUAUGUUUUGUUAUCGCAAUAGCAAUUUAUAACGCGUGUCAAUACGUAGAUAUUUACAUGCAAUGGGGACAGUGGGAAUACGUUUCAGAAAAUUUUACCGUCUCGUUCAUGUUCACGAUAUUUUUAUUCAAGGCUUUCGUGUUUUACACGAGACGCGACGAGAUAUUAUCGAUAGCCGAGGAAAUGGAUCGUCACGUUGAAAAAUUAUCGCGCGAAAAUGACGAGGGAAAACUAAAACAUUUCCUCAAUUGUCAACGCAGGUCGCGAGCUAUAGGCCAAUUUUUUUGGAACACAACGUUCGGCACAAUAUUCGUCAUGUAUGCUUGGCCGGUUUUCAUCAUUUUCAGAAAAGGAGAUUACUCUCUCAGGCCACUUGGGGUUCGGACGUACCUACCAUUCUCACUAAACGCUACAGGUAAUUACGUCGUCGCUUAUGCCGGUGAAAUUAUCCUUGGAUCUGCGAUGACGAUGCACACGAUUGCAUUCGAUACAUUUUUCGUCGGGUGCAUUCUUUUCGCCAUAGCUCGACUCAGAAGUUUGCAGCUUUCGAUCGAAGCGGUGGGCCUGGAUAUGAAAAAAAAAUUGAGGGCUCAGAACAACGUCGGCCCAUGGGAGGAAGAAAAUUUUUUCCAACAAUUUCGCGUUACAUCAAGAACGGAGUUAAAAAAAUGCGUCGAAGAACAUCAAGAGAUUUUCGCAUUAUGCAAAAUCAUCGAUUCGAUGCUGAGCCUCACUCUGUUCGUCGUGUUCUUUAUUUACGCUGGUAUUAUUUGCUUGGUUGGAUUCAACGCGAUGCUGCUGGGACCUAGCUGGAAUCUUCUGAAACUUGGUCAGUACCUCGGAGCGUUGUUGGUUCAAAUAUGUUUGUACUAUUGGCACGGAAACGAAUUGAUGACAGAGAGCCUGAAAGUUGCUGAUUCUGCGGUGAGAUGCGACUGGUACGAUUUUGGGGAAAGCAACAUCAAAACAAUUGUAUUUAUAAUAUUUCGCUCCCAAAAACCAAUUUUACUAACCGCUGGAAAAUUCUACAAAGUUACACUGGAAACUUUCCUCUUGCUACUGAGCAGCUCCUACUCUUAUUUUGCCAUACUGAAACAAUUCUACGAGUAAUUCCAUGCUGUGUUUGAAAAU